AAAAUACUCCAAAAAGUUAUUGUAUCAAAGUUGUCACAGUCUAAUUAUGACACCAUCAAAUUGUUGUAAUAAUGGGCAAUUAAAUUGUGAUCAUAGAGUUCAUGAUAUUAAUGCAGAAGAGAAUGAUUUUCAAAAAUGUGUUGACUGGAUAAAAACACGUGGAUUGGAGAAGGUUUGUCUUCAGUUUCCGGACGAUCUUUUACCGAAUUCCGCGCGAAUCGCUUUGAAAUUCGAAGUAUUACUAGAUAAAAAAGUUUAUAUACUAGGUGACACAACGUGUGGGAGUUGUUGUGUUGAUGAAGUAGCAGCUAAUCAUAUUGGUGCUGAUGCUAUUGUACAUUUUGGACAUGCCUGUUUAAAUCCUACAGCUCGUUUACCAAUUUUUUAUAUGUUACCAAAGAAUCAAUUAAAUAUUGAUCACUUUAUCAAUUCAUUUUGUGAAUUUUAUUUGAAUUGUGAUGAUAAAAUUCUAUUAUUUUAUGACAUUUCAUUCGCACAUCUUAUUGAAUAUAUUUGGAAAGUACUUAAACCAAAAUAUCCAAAUUUAAUCCUCUCAACAUUAAACUGUACUUCAAAUGUUGAGUUUACUGACAAAAAGAACAAAAAUGAAAUCACUAUAUCUGGAAGAUGUUGGCACCUAGAUAAUGGAUAUAUGAUUGAAGAUUAUGAUGUAUUUUACUUAGGAAAAAAUAAUCAAACUCUUAUGGCUUUAGCUAUGAGUAUACCAGCCAAAACAUGGCAUUAUUAUGAUCCUCAAGAAAGUGAAAUAACAAAGUUCGAUGUUGUAAGCAGUACGUGGUUGAAACGACGACGCUAUUUAGUUGAAAAACUUAAAGAUUCUAAGACUGUUGGAAUUGUUGUAGCAACAACUGCAAUUCAGAAUUAUUUAGAUGCUUUAUCAUCAAUAAAGCGUAUUUUAAAACAACAGAAUAUUAAAUCAUAUAUUUUUAGUGUUGGUAAACCUAACCCUGCUAAGCUUGCUAAUUUUGCAGAGAUUGAUGUGUUUGUGAUGAUAACAUGUCCAGAAGAUAAUAUUUUUGAUUCACGGCAAUACUUUAAACCAAUUUUAACACCAUUUGAAGUGGAGUUGGCGUUCAAUAAAUCAAGACAAUUUUCUACGAAUUACUGUUUAGAUUUCCGACAAAUAUUACCCGGUGGCACAAAUUAUGUUGAAUUUACAUCAUCAGAAGACACUGAUGUCUCUCUUGUAUCAGGCAACAUACGUGGUCACUCGAAUCAUUGUAGCAGUGAACCUGAUGUUGAUAAGAUGAGUGCUUUAACGUGUAAGAGUGAUGGAACGAUAGCAAUAGGAAAAGCAGGGGCGAAUUUUUUAAAUAAUCGGUCGUGGAAAGGACUUGAACAGAAAUUAGGAGAAAGUGAAGUAGUACCAGCAGAAAAAGGUCGAAGUGGACUUCCCGUUAAUUAUGAUAGUGAGCCUUUAUGUAAUAAUUCAUGAUGAAUAACAAUUUUAAUAUAGAAACUCAUUGGUAUUGAGUAUAAAAUUUGAA